CCUUACACUAGACGCCGAUUGGACAUCACUAAUGGAUACUGGGAACCACAAAACAAGCACACAGUAAAGACAUCUGCAAUUAUUUUUACAAAAAAUACAAUAAUAAUAAUAAAAAAUUAAUAAAUAAUAAUAAUAAUAAUAAUAAUAAUAAUUAAAUCAAAUCAAACAAAAAAAUCCCUGCUACAAUGGAAGAAAACUCGUCGCAACAAGGAUACUGCCAGCUGAGGUCCCCUAAAUUGAAGAGACGGAAAUCCAUCCCCCGGGACCGCCUCACCCCUCCCCGGGACCCCUGCAGCUGCAUCUACCUGGCGCUGGUUCUGGCUGGGGCCGGGUUUCUUCUCCCCUACAACAGCUUCAUCAUUGCUGUGGACUUCUACCAGAGUCGCUUCCCUGCCAGCACGAUCAUCUUCGACAUGAGUCUGAUGUACAUCGUCGUCGCGUUCUUCAGCGUGUGUGUCAACAACGCCGUCGUCGAACUGCUCAGUAUGCCCGUGAGAAUCACGUUCGGCUACAUCGUGUCGUUCGUAACGCUCCUGCUUAUCGCCCUUUGCGACGUCUGGUUCCAGCUCUUCUCGGAAGAUGUCGCCUACAGGAUCACCCUCCUGGCCGUGGCGGUUGUGGCUGUUGGCUCGACAGUUCAGCAGUCAAGUUUCUAUGGUUACACGAGUAUGCUGCCAAGACGAUACACGCAAGCCGUCAUGACAGGCGAAAGUGCGGCCGGACUGAUAAUCUCGAUAAACCGGAUCGUGACGAAGGCGCUGUUGGACGAUCAGCGGAUCAAUACGAUGAUCUUCUUCUGUAUCUCCAUAUCAAUAAUAUGGAUGUGCUUCGUCCUCUUUCACGUCACGCGGCGCACAGACUUCGUCCGGUUUUACGUCAGCAUGUGCGAGAGCGCGAAGAUUGCCGAAGAUCAACGAGGCUUAAGCAAACCAACAGUUACAGAGGAAGUAAGCUUAGUAGAUUUCCACGAACCCACGACUGGACAUCAUUAUGGUGUACUGGUUAUCCAGAGUCCCACCUCACCCGUCGAAGCAGCACCCGCCAUUGGUGCAAACCAAAGUGACGUCACGCCCAAUGACAUCACCAGAAGUCAGGAAGCAGAAGUGUCCUUCCAAGGCCAAUACUACAAACUCCAAAUGCCAAAGAUAUCAGCUUUUAAAAGGGGCUUGCUGAUGAGGUAUGAAGUCUCGAAGACCGUCUGGCCCUUCAUGCUGGCCAUCGGUCUGGCCUAUUUCGUCACCCUGUGUCUGUUCCCUGGCAUCGAGUCCGAAGUGAUCAGCUGCAAGAUUGGAUCCUGGAUGCCCAUAGUCCUCAUGGCUGUCUUUAACCUCUUUGACUUUAUAGGAAAGAUAAUUGCGUCACUCCACUACGACUGGCCGCGAGGUCGUCUUGUCGUUCUGACUCUGUCACGGAUUAUUUUCGUGCCUCUGCUAAUGAUCUGCGCAACACCAAGAAUUCGACCAAUCUUGAUGGGGGAUGGCUGGCCAAUCGUUUUGUCUCUUCUCCUUGGAAUAACCAAUGGCUACUUCGGUAGCGUACCGAUGAUUUUGGCGCCAACUAAAGUGUCCGAGGAACAAAAAGAAUUAUGUGGUAACAUCAUGAUGCUGUCGUACAGUAUCGGAUUAACGAGUGGCUCGGUGGUGGCCUACCUGCUGGACGAGUGGUUAGGGCCACACCCCGCCAUUGAUCCUUGUUUCCUAAAUACCACAAUGGUUGCCACGGGAAAUAGCUCAUAUUACCACAACGUAACUUAAAGUCUCAACUCGUUGGAAUGAAGUGAAGUUAUAUUCCAUAACCACACCUGGACACAUUCGAAUGGAGUGGAGUAAUAUUCCAGAAGCAAAUCAAAACUCGUUUGAAUGAAGUGGAGUAAUAUUCAAUAACCCAAUCUGGACUCCUUUGAAUGAAGUGGAGUAAUAUUCAAUAACCCACUGGACUUCUUUGAAUGAAGUGGAGUAAUAAUCAAUAACCCAAUCUGGACUCCUUUGAAUGAAGUGGAGUAAUAUUCAAUAACCCAUUGGACUUAUUUGAAUGAAGUGGAGUAAUAUUCAAUAACUCAAUCUGACUCCUUUGAAUGAAGUGGAGUAAUAUUCAAUAACCCAAUCUGGACUUCUUCGCAUGAAGUAGAGUAAUAUUCAAUAACUCAAUCUGACUCCUUUGAAUGAAGUGCAGUGGUAUUCCAAAACUCAAUGUGGACUCGUUUGAAUUCAGUGGAUUAAUAUCCAUAACUCAUUCUGGUUUUUAUCGAAUGAAGUGCAAUAAUUUUCCAUAACUCGGUGUGGACUCGUUUGAAUGAAGUGGAGUGGGCUAAUAUUCCAGAACUCAAACUGGAGUCGUCUGAAUGAAGUGCAAUAAUAUUUUAUAACUAAUUCUGUAACUCAAUCUAUAGUCCGUCCCAUCAUUCUAUAAACAAGUUUUUUGUAAAUAAUUUCAAUUUUGUUUGACGUAAGGAGAAAAGCAAACGUGUUUUGGAGAUAACAAAAAUAUACUAUUUUUGUUUGCAAUUUACAAAUCAAUCGGCUCAGAUAUAAAUAACUUGUAGUAAAAUCCAUAGUAUGAAAAAAGGCGUUCCCCGUGGGACGGACUUUAGUACGUUGAAGUACCCUCGUAUGUUUGAACAGAGUGACAGACGUGUGACUGUCCAACACAGAGAGGAAACCAUGGACCUCAAUGUGAUAAUGGAGUGAUAAUCAGUGUGAUAAUGACUAUAGAUUGAGUUACGGAAUUAGUUAUAAAAUAGUAUUGCACUUCAUUCAGACAACUCCAGAUUCAGUUCUGGAAUAUUAUUCGAUUCCGUUCACAGUGAUAUAAGGCGUUAUAGUAUACAGUUAUGCCCUAAAAUGGGAGUUACGCCCCUUGUUUCCGGGUGAGGCCGAGAUAACCUUUUGAAGUACCCUCCGUUCAAACAUACGAAGGUACUUCAAAAAGAUAGACUAUCCUCGUAUGUUAGAACGGAGUGCAGUAAUAUUCCAUAUCUCAAUUUAGACUCAUCAGAAUGAAGUGCGGUCAUCUUCCAUAACUCAAACGCGACUUGUUUGAAGGAAGUCAGUAAUAUCCCAUAACACAAUCUGGUCUCGUUUGAACAAAAUGGGAACAAUAUUAUUUAUAUCCAGUACACUAGUAUAUGAGCAGAGAAGUACUGACUUCAUUUUUAUUUUUAUUUAUUUAUUUAUUUACUGUCCAGCUUUUUAUUUUGUGCUAGGUACCGCCUUUGUGGGGUGACUCAACUGAAAUGUCGAAUUAACUCAAAGAUCAUUAUAUUUUAAUGCUCAUAUCCAUCUUGUGCUCAAACACGCUUCAUGGGACAUUCCAGUGGUGUAUAAUAGAACGUUUUUGAUUGGUUGAUUCUGCUCUGUCGAUGUCACAUGAUAAAAACUCGUAAUCGUAAAUGAUAACUGCAAAUGUAUCUACAGUUUCUAUGAUGCAAGUGAUGUAAAAUAACCUAGGGUUUGGGUUUGUUUUCAAUCUCUACAUAAAGAUAGCAGAUAACAGAUAAUGAAUAGGUAUUAAAGGUAAAAUUAACGAUUUGAGGGUUCUAACCCGGUGACAAAAGGCGAUUAGUCCUAGAAAUUAAAAUCUUUGUUAAGUUUUAUAAAAUUCUACUCUGUCGUAUAAAUCGAAUAUUGAAGGAUCGGUGCAAACCGAGUAAAACUGGCCCAAGUUCAGCCAGCAAACCUUUCGCUAACGUUCACGAACUAUUUGCUUGGUAUCCAACAUGGCAAUUUGGUUUACCGUGAAGCGCUUAAACCAGUCUAGCGGACGUUUUUCUGCUCGGUCUGACUGAACGCAGCCCUGAUGUUAUGAUGAUACAAUUUCAACACGACUGGUCUAUUAUAUUGAAUAACAAAAGAAACGCAGACAUUUUAAUAUACAUGUAUACAUGGCACUGAUAAUUAUAACAGACACAAAAACUAAUGCUAGUCUCAGACUGUCAACUGUCACGACGAAGUUGACCAACUCGACGGCUGUGUUGUAAUUUGUAAUCCCUGUGACGACUUGUCAGAAUGACGUAUGCAAAUGGUAAAGCAUUCCUCUCAUGCGCGGUUGGUCUAGGGUCAUAAGCCUACGAGACAGGGGGAUGGAGGGGGAGGGCAGUUGCCUCUUCCCCCUCCCCAAGUCCUGGAACAAGACUUCAAAUUCAGGAUAAAAUGAUACAGAUAUUUGGGCAAAAUGUGCAAAUCUGAGACCUUUUUACCAUGUAUUUUUAUCAUUCUACACUGACAAUUAGUUGUAAAAAUGCAUAGUGGUUCAUUUGAAUAAAUGU